AUGCAGUUCAAGAGUGUCGCCUCCACUCUGCUCGUUGCUACGGCCUUCAUCGCUUCAAUUCCUCAAAUCAAGGCCGAGUCCAUCUGCACGCUCAGUGACUCUGAAAUGUGUGCUGUGGAUACACUCACUCCGUCCGACGACGACGGCAGUGUUCUUAUCUACCCGGGAGGAAACACGCGCUGUGCUUUUGACGACUACACCGAUUCGGCGACGACGUUCUCAACGAACUCGACGUAUUUCUUCCAAGUCUUUCCGAACGGGGGCUCGGACAAGUCGAAGUUGAUGAUUUUCUUUCAGGGAGGUGGCGCAUGCACUGACGAGGAUACCUGCUCGUUUGGCUUGCAAUGCUCCCUGGGGGCUAGUGCGACGCUUUCUACAGUUGCAACCUCAAGUAGUGCGGGUGUACUGAAUCAUUCCAUCUCGGACAAUACGUUUAAGGAUUGGAACAUUGUAUUCGUGCCGUACUGCACCGGGGAUGUCCACGCUGGAAACCGGAUCUUGGAGCCGUACGAGAGCAGCAUUGCAGAGGCCCUUGGAGAACCACAAUGUCUCGGAUUGAAUUACACCAUGUAUUUGAACGGCUACAACAACACCCAAGCAGCGCUGGACUGGGCUCUGGAAAAUUAUCCGGACGUCGAAAACCUCAUUGUAGGUGGCGAAAGUGCUGGUUCGCUCGGUGCACAGCUUCACAGCGCCCACAUCGCGGAAUUGUGGAGUGUCAGCGCCAAAGGCACACGGUUUUCGGUGAUCGCAGACAGCUACGUCGGUGCCGUGCCCGCGAAUCAUACGGGAUCACAAUCGCUGCACUUCACUGGAGUAUGUGACGUAAAUUUGGGCAUGCCUGCUACUGUCAUGGCAAAAUGCGACGCAGAGACUGCUACAACGGGAGAUCUGACACAGCGGUACUUCUAUGCGCUUCUCGAGGAAGAUAUCGAAGGCUACCCGCUCACUGAUCAGGUGUCUGAGGAAAAUUUCUAUGCAGACAUGAGCUUGAUCUUAGAAACUUACCAAAGUAUCAGCGCUCGCAGCACUACGUUCUACGUCGAAGGGACGAAACACGUCUUCUUGGCCGAUAUGAACUUCACGACUUAUGAGAGUGACGAGGGGCUGAUGCUCGGUGAUGUACUCAAUGCAUGGUUAGUCUCGGAUUCCAGUCUGAACACGAACUCGGGAUCUACUGAGGCCAGCACAACCAGCACAACCAACACAACACCUACUGCGAGUAUAACUUCGACAUUGACUACAAGCACUACCCCUUUCUGUUAG